GGGGGCCUCCCCGUUUCCCAUCCGCGCCCCUCACCAGUCAGCAGCGGGUCCCGAGAGAGUGGGUGCCCCCGGGCAGGGAUGCUCCAGUGCUGUAGGCGUUCCUGCCUGCCUUCCUGCCUUGCUUUCUCGGGGCUGGUGUUUGGUAGGACACCGAGACAGGCCACCGUCCCCUGUCAACGUGACUGUGACGCAGCUGAAGGCAAACUCUGCCACAGUCUCCUGGGACGUCCCAGAAGGAGACGUGGUCAUCGGCUAUGCCAUCUUGCAGCAGCGGCAAGAUGGACAGAUGCAGCGCUUCAUCCGGGAGGUGAACACCACCAACCGGGCCUGCGUGCUGUGGGACUUGGCGGAGGAUGCUGAUUACAUCAUCCAGGUGCAGAGCAUCGGCCUGUACGGGGAAAGCCAGGCCAGUAAGCGUGUCCACUUCCGGACCCUGAAGGAGACCGACCGCCUCCCUUCCAACAGCUCCAACCAAGGUGACAUCACCAUGGAAGGGCUGGACAAAGACAGGCAACUGCAAACAGGCGAGAUUAUCAUCAUCGUGGCUGUGCUGCUCAUGUGGGCAGCCGUGAUCGCCCUCUUCUGCAGACAGUAUGACAUCAUCAAGGACAACGACUCCAACAACAACAAGGAAAAGACAAAGCCAUCCUCGGAGCACAGCACGCCAGAGCGACCGAGCGGAGGGCUGCUGCGGAACAAGAAGAAGUCUCCCUCGGUCAAUAUAAUCGAGGUGUAA